UUUCGACAGUUUUGUCCAUAUUUCACAUACAGAAUUCAAAGAAUUGCAAAGUACGCUUGUACGGGAGCCGGGGACAAUAGGGAUAUACUUCGGCAAAAACAGGGAAUGCACCUUGUAGCAAAUUAUUAAAAGGAAACACGUUUGCCAGAAAAGAGCGUACCGAAUUCCUCUGGGGAAACUGAUGCCAUUCACGCAACAUAUGAUAGCGUAUGCCAGUGGAAUUCGGGAUGAUGCCCCCAAUGAGAGUGAUCUGGAAUAAAUCAACAAUCUAGCAACAACAAUAUCGGACGAAGUUUGCAAAAGCUUGGACACUCUCGAAAACGAGUUGAGGAUAAAGUUAGAAGCAUUUAAAAAUAGUCAAGUCAUGCAAUAUCGCGAAAAUACAACUGCACCUACCGAAAGUGAAGAGGAGCUUGACUUCAGUUUUACAGAGAAACUUACACCGAACACAAAGGCUAGAUAUAACAACCUGACUCCAAGAAAAAGGAAAACAUUUGCUUGGGCCAUUGAAGUCGCUCAAAAAAUAAUAAAGAGACCCAAAAUAGAUCACAAUACAACAGACGUGAGAACUUCCCAAGACAAAAUUCCCGAUUCAACCCCAAUAGCAACUGGCGAUCAAAACGUGUGCGAGCAAGCAAAUGAAAUGCCUGCAAGAGGUAAACGAUAUACAAUGUGUCAUGUGUGGUUUGCAGGUGAAUCGCACACCAGAAAGCGAUUAUUUGCAGAAGGUGCUAUUGGCGUUCUUCCUCGGAACAGGUUCAAACAACAGAUAUAAAGCCCAAGAUGAUAAGAAGCACACCCAAGAUUGGAGUUACCUGAAAC